AUGGCAUAUACUAUGAUAUGUGACAUCACACCUGUCAAAGAAAAUUGGCGAAUUAAGGUUCGAAUUGUUGGACUUUGGCUUGCUCCUGAAUGGAACAACCCAAAAGUAACUAAUUCAAUUGAGAUGGUUCUAAUUGAUGAGAAGGGAUCCAAAAUACAGGCCAGUAUUAAAAAAUCUCUCAUUGAACGUUUUGGCCGUCUGGUGAAAGAUGGUUCUUGUCGGAUAAUAUCAAAUUUUGGAGUAGUGCCGAAUGGUGGUAAACAUAGAGCAACUAACCAUACCUAUAAGCUUAGCUUUUAUUUCAAGACUCAAGUGAAGGAAUGCGAUGAUGUGGGACUCUCCCUACACGGGUUGAAUUUGGUCUCAUUUGAUAAAAUAUUGAAAAGAGAAAUUAGUGAGAUUGAUUUAGUUGAUGUGAUUGCGGAAGUGAUAAAAAAGGGAAAUCCUGUUGAUAUGUCCAAAGACACUACACCAAACUACAAAUUACCCCUCGUAUUACAAGACUUGGACAUUGUUGAUGAAGAUGAUUCUCAUUCGCAAAGAUUGACUCAUUUGUCAAACACUUCUACACACUCUUUAUCCGACGAGUUCUUAUUAAAGUCUGAGCGGAAACAACUGGAUGAACUAAGUGACACUAAAAGGGAAUGUUAUUGUGUAGUAUUUGCUACCAUUGUUGGGUUUGAAACUGAUACAAAAUGGUAUUAUAACUCAUGCAAACAAUGUAACAAAAAGGUUGAUUAUGAAGGAGGUGGAAAGUAUUGGUGUAUCAAAUGCGAUAAACAUGUUAAAUUUGCACCACCAAGAUACAAACUGACGAUAACUGUUGAAGAUGAUAGCGGAAAUUCUACCUUUGUGAUGUUUGAUAGAGAAGUCGUUCAAGUACUACAAAUAUCAGCCGAAAAUUUGAGAGAAAAGAUAGCUAAGGAUGGUAAAAAUAUUUCAUUUCCGGACGAACUUGAUGUACUCUUAGAUAGAAAUUUUUUGUUUAGGUUUCAUAUAUCAAACUACAAUAUUGACAAAAAUUGGGAUCAGUUUACCGUCCUCCGAAUAAGUGAUGAUGAAGAAUUGAUAAAGUCUUUCUUGGAGGUUAAUAAUGAUGUGGAGGAACGUGAUAUAGAGGUACAAUCCACUGUGAAUUCGUCAAUUCCUUUGCAUGAGAAAGAAAAGGAAUCUACUUCUAUUAUCUGUGAUAAUGAAGACACAAAUGAGGGAUUUGUUACUCCAAUGAAAAGACCUCUUGAGGACGUAUCAACUACUGGGAUCGCAAAAAAAUCAGAUUCGGCUCAGCACUCAUCCAACAAGAGGAAAACUUUUAUAAAGAUUGAAAAGGAUGACAAGGCGAACAAAGAUUAA